ACAUCAAACAUGAUCUUUUGGUCACCAAAGCAUGAAGGAGAUCCAAGAAGAUAUUGUCUUCACAUUAUGUCGGUGUCUGACUGCUUCUCUACGUUYAAUACCGAUGCGAACAUGUCCCUUACUAACUGUUUGACAGGCAGACCAAGAAUAGUGACCAGUCGAUACUUUUACAAUAAUAUUGACUGUGCAAAAUGUGAAAAUCUUAUGAAUCAAAUAUCUUGUGGUCCAAAUAUUACAGCAACUGAUUACGGUAAAAGAGGUUCAUGGGGAAUAGAUACACCUCCGCCUCCCAAACUUUUCUCAGUCAUUUUUGACUUCAACCAUGACAACUCAAAAGGAUUCGAUAAGAUGAAAUUCCAAACACCUUGUGCUUCUGAACAAGUAUAUGAUCAUUACCUGGAUAUCUGUAGAGAUGCUUUACCAACCUUGCCAAGCUUUUCAGAUGUUUACGAAUACCGAGUUGUCUUGUGGCUGGAACCAGCUAUCUCAAGAUUCGAACCAGAAGACUUUUAUCGUCGAGUCCUUUCACAAGCACUAGCUGUUCCCAUUCAGCAUGUCCGAAAUGUAGAAUUAGUAUAUAACAUUUCGUUUACCCUCCAAAUUCAGAAAGACGAAAUCCUUCAAGGAAACGUGCGAAAUAUUUUAUACUUCACAUCACCAUUCAACAUCAGUAGGACUGRGUUCAUAUACACUGUUGUCAAAGCAACUAAACGAAUACUAAGUUGUAUCAAUCGUCAAAAGUAUGACAGGAGUGAGUACACGGUACUACAAGAUGGUUCAUCAACAGUCGUCAUCAAAAAGACAGGUGAAGUCUUCCAGUCUACAGAUUACUACCUCAAUACAACUAAAGCAUCAACUUCAGCCAAUGACAGCCAAGCUAUAUUUGUGUGUCGUCAUCACCAGAUAUCUAACUGUUCAGGGGUGUAUAUACUGAUUAAUGAAGGAGAGUUUAGAGUCCUGAUGAACAAGUCCAUAUUCGUGAACGCUUCAAAACAAGUUUAUGAUUUGUCAGAAUACACAUGGAUAAACAAGAGUGUGCUGRUCUGUGAAAACUUYUCYACAACUUAUUACCAAUCCAAAGUCGUACCAAAAGACGAUSCASUAUUGACCACCAUAACCWUAGUCUGCAUGUCCUUGUCUAUCAUCGGCCUGGUGUUUGUCCUCGUGACUUAUUCCUUGUUCAGUGAGCUACGAACACCACCAGGAAUCAACCUGAUGAACCUCAGUGUUUCUAUUCUGCUGGCACAACUGUUGUGGUUACUUGGAAGUGGACAGACAGACACACCCAUGGCUUGUACUGUCAUCGCKRUCCUUCUACAUUACCUCUUCCUUGUCUCUUUUGUGUGGACGUCAAUCAUCGCCUUUGACACUUGGAGGGCUUUUUCUGUAGAAAACAACGCAUUCUCUGACUCUAAACGUGAGAAAUAUAUAAAGAUCCUUCGCCACGUCGCAGUCGGAUGGCUUCCCGCUCUGGUCUAUGUGGGCAUUUGUGUCGGUCUUGACUUCACAGAUACUGUGAAUAUUGGAUACACGUCCAGGAUAGCAUGCUGGAUGGCCAAUAAAUGGGCCAUCUUGUAUUUCUUUGCUGUCCCAGUCUKCGUGUUUCUCGUAUUCAACAUCAUGUUUUGCUCCAUGACAUUUAGAGCUAUAAAAACCACGACAGCACAAGCAGGAGCAGCCUUAGACAAUAACACCAAAAAGAACUUUGGYAUCUACGUACGUAUUGCAUCACUGAUGGGCUUCACGUGGAUCUCUGGAUUCGUUGCUCCGUUUGGUUGGCAGUUCUUGUGGUACCCUUUCGUCAUUCUGAACGGCCUGCARGGUGUUUACAUUGCCUUGGCUUUUCCCCUCAGUAGAAGAGCCCUGGGCCUUUAUAAAAGAUCAUUUAAAGGUCGCUCUYCAUCAAAUGAAACAUCAAAUUCUCCUGUCUCAAAAACAAAAACAAGUCAUUCAGAAUACAACUGAAGCAGCGCCGAGAGAAACUUGUAAAACUGUUCAGAAACCUUCCAAAAGUUUUUACAAAACAAACUAGCUGAAAAACUUUGACAGAAAGUACAGUAAAGGCUGAUCUUCGUCGUAAGGGACUCUUUCCUAACGUUGCUUCUCASUGUGGCAUUCUAGUGAUCAGUUGACAUGUAAAUAGAUCAACAGAGUAAAAUUGUAAUGAAGACAAUAUAGAAUACAUUUUACUGUAAACUUGUAAAGAACAUGUAACCUUUUUGAAAUAGCUUUAUAGUAGCUAUAUUGAAUAGAAUUAGAAGUAGUACAUUUGCAUGAAUAUAAUUAGAAAUUUGCUAUUAUACGUUAUAUAUAUAUAUAUACCCAACGAUGUUUAAGGCCAUUUGUAGUAUAGUGAUGUGAUUAUGUAAUCAUACUUGACGAUGAAAGAGAAUUUAUUGCUUUUAAGCUAGCGAUUGGUGCAAUAUUAAA